AUGGAGAACAAGGGUGGGAAAUGCUUUCCUUUUAAAUCUGACAUUGAAGACCUGAUGUUGGCAACAAAAAUGCUGGUAGGGGAUAUUUUAUGGCUAGAAAGGGUGGAAAUAUCUUGGCUUUUAGAGUUUAGUAAUUUGUCUGAGUUUGGAGAUUUUGUUCGUAGCAGUAUCAUGACUUCAUCUGUUCCUGACCUUUCUGAUCCAAAUGCUAGAGAGGAGCUCGUGACUCUACCUCACGAAUCAGAUAUUGGUGAGGCAGAUGAGCAACAAAAGCUCUCAAAAACUCAAGUCCAAUCUUCAUCCCCGGCUAUUGGGAUGUCACAUCCAAUCAUUACCACAUCAAAUAUGCAAUGCGCAACACCGCAACUUGGAGUUGGAAAUCCUAUGGACCUCUUCGCUUUAGCGUUGUAUCGGGGUUUUUCUUUUCAACGAUUGAUCGUAGUUUUUAGGGUUUUGGUUGAGGAAGAUUCGGGGAUAGAAUACAGGGUGGUGGCAGUGAACAAUACCUGGUGA